CCAGAACAAAGCAAUAUGAUCAACUGAUUCAACUUCUUCCCCGCUUCGUGUUACUAUAUUGACAUUUAUACGAACGAAUGGCAUGUCUGUGUAAGUGUAGCCAAACGGUAUACGAUACAUUAAAAAGGAAGAAAUAGAGAUGAUGUUUUCUUAUAUCAUUUUUAACUCUUUACCACCUCGAAGCUCGAAACGUCCGCCAUGCCUCCAUUGAAAACUUCUAUCGCCGUGAUUGGCACGCUGGAUACUAAACUUGAGGAAUUUCUCUAUCUCAGAUCUCGAAUUCUUGGGAAUGAUCCUUCGCUGGCUGUCGUCCUAAUUGAUGCGGGCCGAUCCAUCAUAGAACAUGACGCCAUAACUAUCAAGCAAUGUGAAGUAUUAAAGGCCAGCGGGUUCCAAAGAGGGGACAAUGCUCUCAUGUCACUUCCUCGGGGUGACAUCAUCAAAAUUAUGACAAAAGGAGCUAUUAAAACAGUUAAGCAGCUCAAAGAUCGCGAAGAGAUCCAUGCUAUAAUUAGCCUCGGUGGUAGUGGAGGGACCAGUAUCGCCUCUGCCGUCAUGCGAGAGCUUCCUGUAACAUUCCCAAAGUUGAUUGUGUCCACUGUCGCCUCGAGUGAUGUGAGCUUUUAUGUCGCAGAGACUGAUAUCACUAUGAUGUACAGUGUGGUUGAUAUUGCAGGUCUGAAUGAGGUAUUGAAGGCAGUAGUGGACAACGCUGCAGCAGCAAUCGCAGGCAUGGCUAAGGCAUAUGCUAAGAGAAUUAGCAACGACCAUAAUGAUAUCGAGACUACUAGGAAGGGAAUUGGAAUUACGAUGUUUGGGGUCACCACAAAAGGGGUAAAUGCUGCACGCAAGCGGCUGGAAUCCUACGGAUUCGAAGUCUAUGUGUUUCAUGCUACGGGGUCUGGCGGGAGAGCGAUGGAGAGACUCGCUACAGAAGGUCGACUCCACGGUAUCCUAGAUCUGACUACCACCGAGCUGGCCGAUGAACUAGCCGGCGGGGUGUUCAGCGCGGGCAGUAGCAGAUUGAUGGCUGCUGCCAGAGCAGGCUUGCCUCAGAUAGUCAGCGUUGGUGCUCUGGAUAUGAUAAACUUCGGACCUAUGGACACUAUGCCAAAGAAAUUUCGAGAGAGAAAACUCGUCGAGCACACUCCUUCGGUAACCAUAGUUCGAACGACAGAGCAAGAAUGCGACGAGCUGGGGAGGAGAAUAGCGCAGAGACUUAAGGAGAACUGUACUAGGCCCGAAUUUACGGAAGUAUGGCUUCCUUUGAGGGGCGUUAGCGCUCUUGAUGUACAAGGACAGGCAUUUUACGACAAGGUAUCUGACGAGGCGUUAUUUACGGCCAUCAAGAAUGGUCUUGAAGGGAGUGGGAUAUCGGUCAAUGAGCUUGAUACUGAUAUCAACGACCCAGGUUGGUCAGACAGUAUAGCUAAAAGGCUCAGGGAGCUUAUUGAGCUGAAGGGAUAAAAUCAGAAAUGACGAGCGAUAAACUAUGGCUAUCCACGGCAAUCCAGGUAGAAACCCCGUAGGAUCAUACCAAAAUGAUUCUCCAACUUCAUAGAAUCAGCCGUAAAAGUUAUCCACAAGUCCUUAGGUUACCGAGCAUCCUUAACCGCCUCAGCAAGAAGUCUUUCA